AUUGCCGUCAGUACCGACCGGCUGUUGGUCGACCGCAGUGCUACGUUGGUCCCCGUCGAUUUACCCGAAGCAACUCGACCGCCGGACCCGCGUGCCUACAUCCGUGUUCUCAACGCCGGUCAACGACCACAUCUGCUGCAAUCGCUAUGUUCUCUAUCAGUUUGCUGUGGACGUGCCUGGCGAGUUUUGUGACGAUCGGAUGGGUCGACGGGCUCGACAACGGGCUCGCGCUAACACCGCCAAUGGGAUGGCUCGCAUGGCAACGUUAUAGAUGCAUUACGGACUGUGAGACGUAUCCCGACGAUUGCGUCAACGAACAAUUGUUUAUGAGAGCAGCAGAUUUGUUGGUGAGCGAAGGCUACGCUGAAUUGGGUUAUCAAUACCUCAUCGUCGACGACUGUUGGUUAGCCAAGAACAGAUCGGCAAACGGAAAACUACAAGCCGACAGUCAACGGUUCCCAAGCGGUAUCAAAGCGCUAUCAGACUAUGUACAUUCCAAAGGUCUUAAAUUCGGAUUAUAUGAGGACUGGGGCACCAAAACAUGCGCAGGAUAUCCAGGAGUAUUAGGUUACGAAGAGGUAGAUGCCAAAACUUUUGCCGAAUGGGACGUGGACUACGUUAAACUGGACGGAUGUUAUUCGAACGUCCGGCUCAUGGAUAAAGGUUAUCCAGAAUUCGGAAAGCAUUUGAACAACACAGGAAGACCAAUGGUAUACUCUUGUAGCUGGCCAGCUUAUCAAGAAGAAAAAGGAAUGUUAAUUGAUUAUGCAUCAAUGGCCAAACACUGCAAUCUUUGGCGUAACUAUGAUGAUAUUGAUGAUUCAUGGGAUAGUAUGAUAAAAAUAGCAGAUUAUUUUGCACAAAAACAAGAGUUUUGGGCAAAAUACGCUGGACCUGGACACUGGAAUGAUCCAGACAUGCUUUUGAUUGGUAAUUUUGGAUUGACGUAUGAUCAAAGUAAAACACAAAUGGCCAUUUGGGCUGUUUUGGCCGCACCGUUACUUAUGUCUAAUAAGUUAAAAGAGAUACGUCCAGAAUUUAAAGAAAUUUUACAAAAUAAAGAAGUUAUUAAGAUCAAUCAAGACGCUCUUGGAAUACAAGGCCAUAGAGUGUUUAAGGACAAAGGUAUCGAUAUUUGGACCAGACCAAUUGAACCCAUUAAUAAUGGGUACUACUCUUAUGCAAUAGCAUUCGUAAGUCGUCGUGUUGACGGUGCUCCUUAUCCUUAUAAUAUAACAUUAAAAGAUUUCGGUAUGAACAAUCCUAAUGGCUACAAAGUUUUUAAUCUUUAUGGAAAUGAAAAUACAACAUCGUGUAAUUUUAAUCCAGAAUCUUCACUAAAAGUUCGUGUAAAUCCCUCAGGUGUAGUUUUUUUGCGGAUGAAUGCAGAAAAUUCAGCUGAACCAUGUCAAGAUAAUAGCAAGACAAAUUUUUUUAAAUAAUACUCUAGAAUAUCUUAAGAAAAUAGAUAAAAAUCAUGUUUCAUAU